UACAGUGGAGUCUGGGUUUGUCUAAGAACUGGAUCUCAAGGAGACUCUCUCAGGUUGGUACUCAUCGUCUAUGGCCCAGUAGCAGUAUUGUCCAAAGGAGGAUGUUGUUUAAUCAGAAAAUCAGAAAAAAAUAUGGAGUCUUCGGAGAACGAUGAUGCAAGGGUCAGAGUGAAGAGCCUUGUGUCUAAAUUCUGUGAUAAAGAAUUGACAGGAAUAUCGUCUGGCUCUAGCGACAAGAGCAAAAGUGAGAAAACACCAGGCUCUGCACACUCUGUCUGUGCCUCACAGAGUUCCUCCAAAGACGUACCUCUCCAUUUCAAGAAACAUCUUGAGAAAACACCGGGCUCUGCACACUCUGUCUGUGCAUCACAGAGUUCCUCCAAAGACGUACCUCUCCAUUUCAAGAAACAUCUUAAAAAGACACAAUGGUCUAAAAAUCAACUCCAAUCUGACUGUCAGUCAGUGAGCUCUUCCAAAGAUGUACCUCUCCAUUUCAAGAAACAUCUUCCGGAAACACCGAGGUCUGUCUGUGCAUCAGAGAGUUCUUCCAAAGAUGUACCUCUCCAUUUUAGGAAAGAUCAAAAAGUAUAUGGAAUGCCAAAAUAUUGGGGUGGACAUAUGAGUGGUGUUGCGAGUCUUCCCAAGUUAAACUUAAUGGGGCCUACAGCUGCUGUAUAUCCAGUGAAGACAUCUAAUAUCAUUGAGGAGGCUAAAUUUUCUCCAUGUUUGCUGAAGAGGACUUCCAUUGAUGACCAACCCCAAAAUCAAUUGGAGAGUCCACACUGGGACUAUUUUGAACAAGCGACAGAAUCAACUUUUGAGGACAACAAAACUCGUCACCAGGAUGAUCUAGAGAGAGCAGAAUCCACAAAGUCAUCUACAUCGGGUUACUCAUCAUCUAAAACAAGUGGAUCAGGGGGUUUCGACUCUGACGUUGAGACUGUUAUAUAUGAUAAUAUACAGGUGAUCUGUGACAUUUGUCGCAAAAUUGCUGCUGUGAAGACCUGCCUGACCUGCAACGUUUCCUUCUGUGAGAAGGAUGGCCGGCAACACUACAAAGUGGAUGCCCUGAAUAGACAUAAGCUCAUAGAUGUGUGCAGUGAAGUCGAGAGAAAACGGUGUCUUCAUUAUGAAAAGUCUCUGGAUUUCUUCUGCAGGACUGAUCAGAUGUCUAUUUGCAGCAUUUGUGCAGAGGGGAAACACAGGGGACACGACAUCACUGAGCACAGGGCAUGGAGGACACAACAGGCCUUGUCUGAUGAUGAAGAACCCGAGGACAAAGUGGUGCCCCCUCCUGGUAGGAUUCAGUUCCCGUCAGUGAAGCCAAACUCGGUGGUCCUCAGCUGGGGAAACCCAAAGGGACUAGAAGGACCCAAAAGCUUCAGGAUCAUGUGGAGCUCUUCGCAGAAGGUGGAAGGUCGCUUAGUCAUCAAAAAUUUUCAUAAAAUAGAAAUAAGCAACCUUGAACUUGGACAACAGUAUUUCUUCAGCGUGGCCACAGAAGAUGAAGAUGGCAAUUUAAGCGAAUGGCUCACUGCAACUGUUUUCACAGUUGUGCCACCCCCUCGACAUUUAACAAAAGAGCACUCCGAUGCUACAUCUCUGACCUUGAAAUGGAUGGAUGGAGAAAAAAUGGAGGGAAUUCCUCAACAAUUUCUCAUAGCUGUUGAAAGUCCAGGAAAAGAGCCUCUGGUGAUACACACCCAUGAUUACUGCAAAAAAGUCUCUGAUUUAGAACCAGACACAAAGUACACCAUCUCUGUCUCAACAGUGGUGAAUGAUAGGUGCAGUGAGCCAAUUUCUAUCUGCACACGCACAGAGCCAAGUCUAAGGCAGGUGUUGUCAAAGAUUGGACUGGAAGACCAGUAUGACACCAAGCUCACACUUAGCACUGUCCUGGAGAUUAAUCAGUAUGAUCGAUCACAGAGGAAACCAAAAUCUGCAAGGGCAGUUCCUGAGGCCUUUUUAAAGCAACUCAUGUUGCUGAAUACAAAUGCUAGAAGUGCCACAUGUGUGUCUCAAGAUGGGGACAAGUGCAAUGCUAUCAAUCUUUUGGACUUGGUAACUGCACUGUUCCUUUGUUCAGACAGUGCUCUUCAGCAGGACUUGGUCCUGAAAAUGUCACUCUGUCAGUUUGCUGUCCCGCUCUUGCUUCCAAACUCUGAAACAAGAGAAAUCACAAUGAUGCUGUGGUCUAUGCGCGACAUUGUCCGAACUUUCAGACCCUCUCAGCAGGCGUUCCUAAAGUCAUACUGUGAUGAAAGACUUGUGCUGUCUGAUAUUCCUUUGGUAUCGUUUGUCAGGCUGGGAAAAACAUCUUUGUCCAAAUCUCAGAUGUUGAACAAGUUGCUGUGCAACAAUCAGCAGAUUCAUCACACAUUUUGUCACCGUAUCAUGGCAUGUUGUGAUGUUCCCAGAAGAAUUUCAGAUGGACUGGUGGAAAUCAGCUGGUACCUCCCGUGUGGGAACAGGAAGAUAGAUAAAUUCACAGAACCAUUGGCUUUUACCAAUAUGAGAGGAGAUAUCAAGACUUCUGCAAGACAAUUUGCAUUCCUCUGUCAGGCAUCUGCAGCUGUUUACAUCUACUGUGAUGAAUCAGAAACUAAUUACUUCAAGCAUCUGGAAGGAAAACAUCUGGAAGCAAAUAUCUUUUUGAUAAGCAGCACACAGGGAAAAAGCUAUAGACUCAAACAACUGACUGUGAACCCAAGAUUAAAGAUGACUGAUAUUAGUCAGAUUAAAAAGACUGAUACAGAACUACUAAAGGCACUCCAGGAAUCAGUCUCUAAAAUGCUAGUAAGCCCCCAAACCAAAAAAGUGUCAUUGGCAGAUUUGGCUUACACAGCUCACUGUUGUCAGAUUCUCGUUGAUGAGGAUAGGGAUGAAUGCCAGACUGCUUGGGAGAAUGCGAGUAAAAUCACUGCAAAGGUAACUAACAUCUCUGAAUUCAAAGAUAAGCAACUGCCUUAUCAGGGAAACCUCUGGAAAGCAAUUUCAUGGGUGGAAACUGAGUGCUGGAGGCUACGUAAAGUUGGAAACAAUAACCCUGGCAAUUACUGCGAGUCCAUAAAAGAAAAAGAGAAAGAGCUGAGGAACAAGCAGCGAAGUUUUGAGAUGACAACUGCAGUGGAAUGCUUCCACCAUGGGAUGACAACCUCAGAGGUUCAACGCUACCAUUUUCUCAAAUGGCUGGAAAUGGAACUGGAUAACCUGUCCAGGCAUCAACUGUCAGCUCUCCAGGAUCGAUACAAAGAGCUUAGGCAGAAAUCUCUCGAGGAAACAAAAGAAAUUGUGGAAACUGACAACCAAAUUUCAGCUUGCUCUUUAAGAGUAGUCCACUUUGUCAGAGAGUGUGGGCAGCUGUAUAAUAGUGUGAGUUGCCUGCCAGAAUACAGUCGUCAGAGAAAAAACAUCGAACAGCUUCCUGGACAGUGUGCUCAGAUGAUGCUUGAUGGUUUCCCUCUUGAGCUUGUUGAUGGAGAUGCAACAAACAUCCCAAUAAAAUGGAUCAGCCAGGUACUUACUGAAUUGCAUAACAUCAUGAAUUCCAGUAGCAAGCUUAAGGUCAUCACAGUCAUUGGAGCUGAAAAUUCAGGUAAAUCAACUUUGCUCAACACCAUGUUUGGGGUCAGGUUUGCCGUCAACGUGGGUACAUGCACCAGAGGGGCAUUCAUACAGCUGAUCAGUGUCAGUAAAGACAUCAGGAAAGAGCUGGGCUGUGACUGCAUCAUGCUCAUUGAUACAGAGGGCCUGAAGCCACAUCGGAUGGUUCGUGAUGAUCACAGCCAUGAACGUGACAAAGAAGUUGCGAGCCUUGCAGUGGCACUCAGUGAUGUUGUAGUUGUCAGUAUUUCCAACGACAGCUCCAGAGAGAAAGACCUCUGGGAAAUGGUGUGUCAUGCUUUUGCAAGGCUGAAGGGUGUUAGCAAGAAGAAGCCAGUGUGUCAUUUUGUACAUACAAACAUGUAUGACAUGCCUGCUUUGGAGCAGCUGAAGAGAAGUAAAGAGCUGAUGGAACAGCUCAAUGAAAUGAUCGGAAAAGAUGUUAAAAUGAAGAAGGCCAACAUCAAUAAGCUCUCAGAUGUGAUCAAGUUUGAUGUAAACAAUUGGAGCUGGUACAUUCCUCCAGUGUGGGAUGGGACUCCACCAAUGGCUCCUGUCAAUGUUGGCUACAGUGCAACUGUCUAUACUUUGAAAAAGGUUCUAAUAAAUGACCUCCAAAAGUGCCCGGAACGAGGGGAUCUAAUUCAAUUCAUCGGGAAGGUAGAGCAAUUCUGGAAGACUGUGUAAAGAAAAUACAUGAA